AUGGCGACUGCCGCCGUCGAUAUCCCAUUCCUUGCUUCGCACUAUGCUAUCCCUGAAACCGCGUUAACGACACUAUCAGAGAACCCAACGGUAGAGCUUGUGAACCAGCUACUGGAGAGUAUCUCUACCAAGGCUCGCGAAACUGAGGAGCUCAAGUCGGACAAGCUACGACUAGAGGUUGAGCUUGAAAAUGCUGUUCGUGGUGGUGAGGCCAAGGUGAAGGUGUUGAAGUCAUCGGUAGAGAAAGGAUUGGAGGAGAUAUCAAAUCUCCGAAACAAACUUCAGGAAUCAGAGAAUACUCGAUCCCAGCUUGAAUCUGAAAUCGGGACUUUGAAGUCAACAUCAUCUACGAGUGAAGCAGAAGUCGGAAGCUUCAAAUCACGCAUAGCUUCAUUGGAGGCAUCGAAUCGUGAUACUCUCGGCCUUCUCGAGUCGAAAUCUACUGCCUACGACAAACUCGCAGAGGAGCUUUCUACGCAACACCGCAAGACUGUUGACCUUCGCCGUGAAGUUACUGCUCUGGAGCAGAAGAUACAGGCGGCAUCAUCUACAGCAGCCAGUACCCGGUUCCGAGAGCAGAGCCUGCAACAGGAAGUAGACCUGCUGAAGAAGAACAACGAAUGGUUCGAGACAGAAUUGAAAACAAAAUCCGCAGAGUACCUCAAAUUCCGAAAGGAGAAGGGUACGCGAAUCUCAGAACUUCAAAGACUAAAUGAAGAAGCCAACUCAAAGGUGGAGUCCUUGGAACGCAGUGAAAAUGCUCUCAAACGCCGACUUGACGAUAUUGAGCAAAAAUACGAUGAGUCUCUUACCAAUAUACAGCAACUAAAGGAGGAAGCCAUUCAAGCCGCUGAAUCAUUCCGCAUUGAACUUGACAGCUCCACGCGCCUAGCUCAACUCCAACAGGCUGCCGCUGAAACUGCAAAACAACGAGUUCAGGAAUUCCAAAUUGCAUUGGAUAAGGCCAGAGAUGAUGCUACCGACCAGAUUUCUAGACUUCGUGGGGAGAUUGAAACCGAGCACUCCGACAAAGAGGCAGCAGAGCGUCGCAUUGCAGAGCUUGAGCUGGCGAUUAAACAGAUGGAGACGGAGGGAUCUGCCGCAAGAUUACAGCCUAUGAGCCCUGGCUUCAACAAUGGGGUAUCUACUCCCCUGCGUCCAGGAACGCCCGUUGGAUCAUUUUCACCGAGGUCUUCUCGCGGUGUAAAGGGAGGAUUGACUCUUACCCAAAUGUACACCGAGUACGACAAGAUGCGAACCCUUCUCAGUGCCGAGCAAAAGAAUAACGAAGAGCUUAAGGCUGCUAUGGAUGAGAUGGUACAGGAUUUGGAAUCGAGACAACCAGAGAUUGAUGAGCUGCGUUCGGACCACUCGCGCCUUGAGGCCGCUGUCGUCGAGAUGUCCAACAUUCUGGACACAGCUGGCAAGGAGAGAGAGGCAGCAACGCGGGAGGCAAGGAAGUGGCAGGGACAAGUUGGAGGUCUGGAGCGUGAGGGACAAAUAUUACGCCAGCAACUUAGGGACCUUAGCUCUCAAGUAAAGGUGCUGGUUAUGGAGGUCCACCUGUUGUCUGCUGGUGAAAAGGAAUAUGACAGAGCAGACCUUGAAAAAAUUGCUCGUGAGGGUAUUGAAGAAUCAGCAGAGGACAUGACGGAGACUGGUCAGUUUAUCAGCCGAAACCUAACGACCUUCAAGAACCUCAACGAACUCCAGGAACAAAACGUUACAUUGCGCAGAAUGCUUCGGCAGCUUGGAGACCAGAUGGAGGGUGAAGAGGCUCGCCAGAAGGACAUUUCGCACCAGAAGGACCAGGAAGAAUUGAAAGAACUCCGUGUGCGUGUUCAAACCUAUCGGGACGAGAUGGCAAAUCUUGUGUCGCAAACCAAGAGCUACAUCAAGGAGCGUGAUACUUUCCGCAGCAUGCUUAUCCGGCGUCGCGAAACCGGAGAGUCUUCCGAACCAUUCUCGCAAUCUCUGCCCCUGGGAGCAGCUCCUCCUGCUCUUGAUGCCAGCACUAUGUCCGCGGCUCCUGGACCUGACUAUGCUGACCUCCUCAGAAAACUCCAGGCCCACUUUGAUUCAUUCCGUGAAGAAACUGCAACCGAUCACUCCUCCUUGAAGCAACAGGUCAACGAGUUAACAAGGAGAAACAGUGAACUUCAGAGUGAAGUUAGCCGCGCCAGUAGUCAGCUUGCCUCUGCCAUCCAGCGUGCGGAACUUUUGCAAUCUAAUUUCAACUUGCUCAAGGGCGAGAAUGUGGAACUCCAGAAGAGACAUACUGCAUUGAUGGAGAAUGCAAACAAGCAAGAUCUCCGUACGCAGCAAGUUGCUGAAGAUCUUGUGGAAGCACGCGGACUUGCAGAUAGUCUUACAAGAGAGAGCGCAAAUCUCAAAGCUGAGAAGGAACUUUGGAAGAGCAUUGAGAAGAGGCUCAUUGAAGACAACGAGGCGCUGCGCAAUGAACGUAGCCGUCUUGAUUCAUUGAAUGCUAACUUGCAGUCUAUGCUUAAUGAACGCGAGCAUUCUGAAACUGAGAGUAGACGCCGUCUGCAAGCAACGGUUGAGUCUUUGGAAUCCGAGCUCCAAAUUACCAAACGCAAACUCAAUGAAGAAACCGAGGAGGCAAAGAAGGCGACACUACGCAAGGAAUAUGACCACGAGCAAAGCCAGAAGAGAAUCGAUGAUCUUGUCACAAGCCUGAGCUCCUCGCGGGAAGAACUCAUUGCCACGAAGACGAGCAGAGACCAUUUGCAGUCGAGAGUUGACGAGUUAUCUGUUGAACUUAAGAGCGUAGAGGAGCGACUUGCGGUAUUACAGCAUAAGCCCAAUACCGGUGCCACCGUAACUACUGCUGGGGAUGAGUCUACUGAAGCAGUGCCCGACAACCAGUUGAGCCGAGAACAGGAGCUUGCAAUUGAAGUGUCUGAAUUGAAACGUGAUCUUGAGCUUACCAAGGGCGAACUGGAGCAUGCGAAGGAACAGGCUGAAGACUUCAAGGCCAUUAGCCAGUCAACUGAAGAAAGACUUGAGGCUCUUAGUGACACCAAUGAGCAAUACCGUGAAGAGACUGAUCGCCUUCUUGAGGAAAAGAAUGCUAAGAUUGCGGAUUUGGAGAAACGUGUGGAGGAAAUCACUAGCGAGCUUGCAGCUACUAACAACGAGAUUUCCAAACUUCGAGACCAAGAGGGUGAAGCUCAGCGCCGUAUGGACGACCAGAAAGAAAUGCUGGAGGCUGAAAUCAAGAGGCUCAAAGAGAAUGAAGAACGAUACACUGCAGCUGCACAAUACCAUCAACAGGAUCUGAAGGCUCAAGCUGAAAUUGCUCAGAAUGCCCAACAGAACUAUGAAAACGAACUCGUCAAGCAUGCUGAGGCCGCAAGAAAUCUACAAACUGUCCGAGCCGAAGCCAACCAACUCAAACUGGAAGUUGUUGAUCUGCGGACACAAGCAGAGAGCGCUAAGAAUAACCUAACUCAUCAAGAAGAGAACUGGAAUGAGUUGAAGGAACGUUACGAGUCUGAGAUUGGGGAAUUGAAUCGCCGCAGGGAGGAAGUCCUCAAGCAGAACUCGCUUCUUCAUGGGCAGCUGGAGACUAUCACUCGCCAAAUUUCCGCUCUGCAGCGUGAUCGGGCCAGUAUGCCAGAGAAUCCUGAGGGAGAAACCGAUGCAUCUGCUGGUACUGACUUGGAGGGUCUCCAGGAAGUCAUCAAAUUCCUGCGUAGAGAGAAGGAGAUUGUCGAUGUCCAAUACCAUCUUUCCACUCAAGAAGGGAAAAGACUUCGACAACAGCUUGAUUACACUCAGAGCCAGCUUGAAGAGACUCGCCUCAAACUUGAACAGCAACGCCGUGCUGAAGCUGACAGUGAGCACAACACUCUCAACCACAACAAGCUCAUGGAAACCCUUAACGAGCUCAAUCUCUUCCGUGAGAGCAGUGUUACUCUUCGCAACCAAAUUAAACAAUACGAAGAAGCCAUCGCGUCGAAAUCUGCUCAAAUCGAAGAAAUUCAACAACAGGCUGAGCCUCUUCAAACCCGCAUCCGAGAACUUGAGAAUAAUCUUGAGACUAAAGAUGGCGAAGUUAAGUUGCUUCAAGAGGACAGGGACCGAUGGCAACAGCGCACUCAAAAUAUUCUUCAGAAGUAUGACCGAGUUGACCCCGUUGAGAUGGAGGCACUGAAAGAGAAGCUUGCAACCCUUGAAAAGGAGCAGGCUGAGGCAUCCACUGAGAAGAGUGCCCUUCAGGCUCAGAUUGAUGCAUUCCCAGAACAGCUGAAGCAAGCUGAGGAGAAGGUUCAUGAUCUUCGUUCUAAGCUGACCGAACAGUUCAAAGCCAGAUCCAAGGAGCUCACGGGCAGAAUUAACGCUAAACAAGGGGAGCUCAACAUUGCUAUUCAAGAGAAGGAGGCCAUUCAACUCGAGCUCAACAGUACGCGAGAAGAGCUCAAUGCUCUCAAAGCUAGCGUAUCCGAAAAUCAACAAGCCGCUGCUGCUCAGAGCGCUCCUGAGCCACAGCCCGCUCCUGUCCAGGCUGCAGUGUCUUCUGAACAUCCUAGUGCCGAAAGUGCACAGAAGAUAGCAGAACUGGAGGAGAAGGUUGCUAAACUGGAGGCAGCUCUGGCCGAGAAGGAGGCGGAAACAGAUGCAAAGAUCAGGGAGCGUAUCGAGAAAAUGAAGGAAACACUGAACAACAAGCUAGCUGAAUACAAGACAGCCCAUAAAGAACAAAUCGACAAAAUGACCGCGGCUCACCAACAGGAACUUGCAGCUAGACCCUCUGGUGAACUCCCCCCAGAGCUAACUGAUAGUCAAGCCAGGGAAUUGGUGGCUAAGAAUGAAACCAUCCGCGGCAUCGUCAGGAACAAUAUCAAGAACGCCCUAGCUAGGGAGCGGGAAUCUAUGUCUAAGGAAGCAGAUCCCGCAGCUCUCAAGGAAAUGGAGAAGAAGUUCAACGAAGAAAAGGAGGCAUACAUGAAGGAGCGGGACCAGAAGGUCAAUUCAGCCGUCGAACUGGCCGAGAAACGACUGCUGGCCAAGGUCAGCAUGACGGAGGGACGGGCGCGAAAUGCACAAGCUAAGCUAGAAGUUGUCCAGAAGGCCGCGACUGAAACCCCUCAGAAGCCAGUAGUGGAGGUUUGGGAGGUUGCCAAAGUUGCAAAGCCCGCCCCAGUAUCUCAGGCCGCUACGCCCAAACCUGCAGGUCAGGCACCAGCUCCCGCACAACCUGCAGCCCUUCCACCCCAAGCGACGCAGCAGGCUGCUGCACAGGUACCUGCAGCGCCGACGACACCUGCUAAGCCAACAAUGCCUACUGAUUCGCAGCAAACUCCAACCCCAGCGGAACGACCGGAACAGGCCCUCCAAGCUCCCCAGGCGCCUCAACCUUCUUCUCUUCCUCAGCCAACAGCUCAAGGACAGCCGCAACAAGGACAAGAGCAACCUGCCCAGAACGUCCAGCCUCAGCAGCCUCAGCAGCCUCAGCAGCCCCAACAUCCACAACAACCCCAGCAGCCCCAGCAGACCCAACAAGGUCAGCCGGUAUCAGGCCUCCCUAACAGGCCUCCUCAGUCUACACACCAUCCUGCUGGGGGAACUGGUCCUGGGGUGCUUCGAGCCCUUCAAUCAGGCUUACCUGUAGCUCGUGGGGGCCGUGGCAGGGGUGGGCCUGUUGGCCAAGUUACCCAACCACAUAACGUUGCAGGUCAGCAGCAACAGCAGCCACAGCAAGGCCAGCAAGGCCAGCAAGGCCAGCAACUUGGAGCCUCCCGAGGGCAUGGUAUUCCCCGUGGCGGCGGCCGUGGUAGAGGAGGCCCUGGCCGUGGUGGAGCCCAGAAUGUCCAGACUGGCAAUCUUCCGGCGGGGGCAGGCCAAUCGAGUCCUAGAGGUGGACGAGGUGGACUAAAUGCCCAGGCCAGACAGUUCAUUCCUCAGGGUAAUAAACGAACAAGAGAAGAUGGAGCUGAAGCUCCUGACACAGGAAGCGGAAAACGAAUCCGUGGAGGUGGUGCAGGCUCAGGCUAA